GAAUGCGGCCUCCUCUUCUUCAAACCCAAACCCUAAAAUAAACACUACCAUAACAAAACCAAGUACUCCGUAAUUGACAGCCAGAAAUAAUCGAAACAGUAACAGAACGAUGACACUAGCAAUCCAAACUGUCUUGAAUUUGGUCCCUGAUUUCACUUUAAUUUCUGGAUUGCAGAGAGAGAAGUGAGAGUUUGGAUUUGGGUCUCCGUCUAUUUGGUUCGAGAGUCCGAGGGUUCUGUUCUUAGGUAAGUGCAGGCUGAGCGAAGUGAGAGUUUUCUGGGUUCCGGUAGUGGGAAUUUUUUUUCUUUUUUUGUAAACGACCAUGCAUAAGUUCGAAUUUGAAGGUGAAGGAACAAAAUUUCGUCUAUAACCCACCUUCCAGCUAGCAAUACAAAGAGGAUUUCUGUUCAACCUCAGGUGUGGGAUGGACAAUUUUCGGCAGCAGAAGGUACAGAAAUUUGAGGAAUUUGUUGAUCACCGCCUUAAACCAGAUCUUGUUCAUGCAAUUGCUGAACGGGAUAAAGUUUUUGAACAACAAAAGGUUUUCUCAGAUUUGCGAAGGAACAUAGAAAAUUUAGAAAAAAAUAGUGUGACCAGUCUUCAGACAUUGGUCAAUCUUGGAUCAGAAGUCUACAUGCAAGCAGAAGUGUAUGUCUUCACUAUGUUUCUCAUGCAAGUUUUCAUUUGUGAUAUUUGCGUGAAUGCAUUUUAUUUCUUCCAGUUUUAUCUAUUUUCUUUUUCUUUUCUUUCUUUUUUUUUCUUUUUUAUUACUUUUAUGAAAUUUCUAUCCAUCUAUUUUGUUAAUUAUGUUUUUUUUAUUAAAAAGAAAAAGAAAAUUUAUUACUGUUAGUUACCACUUAGUAAAAGCCAUGCCUGGGGCUAGCUGUUGGCCCACUGCCUCACCUAGGCAUCUAGGUGGUGGGAUUAUAGGCAUUUCUGUUGCCUUUAAAGUGGUUAAUCACAAUUCACACCUAAUUGCAAACCCAAAUGACAUUGUGAAGUCAUACUAGUGAAAACGGAAGAUUAGUUUUCUGUGUAGUUGUCCUUGUUAUUAUUAGUUAUAAUUAAUAGUAGCAUUAUGCCAUUAUCUCAAAAUGAGCUUAUAGUGGCAUUGCUUGCAUAGUUGCAUGCCUGACCAGUUGGACUAACUCAUAAUUGUUUUUGGGGACUGCAUUGCUCAAAAGCAUUAGACUUGAACAACUAAUUCAGAAUGUGUUAAUGAAAGUAAAAAUGUUUAACUUGUUUUAUCUUCGCUCUCCACAGAAUAAAGGUUUAUGCUUUAUAUGUGAUUUGGGUAUUGUGGUACAAGGGUGGGCAAUAUAAGACAAUUUUGCUGAAUUUUCUCUGGCAAUUGAAUUUAGAUUGGAAACAUAUAUCUUCCGAAUUUCAUUUAUUCAUUUUAACUUGAACUCUGCUCUCUCUCCCCCCUCCCCUUUUCUUUUGGGGAAAAUUGUUUUCUGGCAGACCAGAUACACAAUGUAUUUUUGUGGAUAUUGGCCUAGGUUUUCAUGUGGAGUUCACAUGGUCAGAAGCUUUGAACUUCAUAUCAUUGAGGGAAGAAAAGUUAGCAAGGCAAGUAGAGGAGUAUACUCAGCUAAUUGCAUCAAUUAAAGCUCAAAUUAAGAUGGUUUGUGAAGGAAUUCGAGAAUUGCUUGAGAUUCCAGCAGAGAGAUCUGUACAAGAGCGCAUUUUUUAGUAUUUAUAACUUGAAUAUGUAAUCUGUUCCUCCAUUUCGUUCAUUAUUUAUUUCUGGUCUUCCUUGAGAAUUAAGCUUUUGUUAUUGUACCUUUUGGAUGUAAAAUCCUUGAGUAUUAAGCUUUAUUUUCUUCAACUCGUUAAAUCUUGCUGAUUGAUUUUCUUUCUUUUUCUUUUUCUUUUUCUUUUUUGUUUUUUUUGGGCCAUGCCGUAAACAAAAAGCUAUGUUCACU